CUGCUUCACCAGAAGUCGUCGUCCUCCCCAAUUCACUUACGGAAAUCUGAAAACAGAGCAUUGGAGAGUUUAAUUUGAAUCAUCCUGUGAAGGGCUUAUCUGUUUCCAACUCAAAAUGGCAUUUAGAGGGAGGGGACGAGGGCGCGGAGGAUAUGGUGGUGGCUUCAAGAGAGCAAAGGAAGAACCAUUUGAGCUAUUCCCAGCAAUCGAUGAUGAGACCUUGGGCAAGGAAACAAUGGUUUUCCCAGAUCAGGAAUAUGCAGCAAGGGCAUAUCCAAAGAUACUGAAGCAUUUCAGAUCCUCUCCUUACUAUAUCCGCGACGAAACCGGCGGCGGCCCAAAUGAGACAAAAAUUGCGGACAUAGAACGGUUUUCGGACAUGGAUUCCAACCGAUCCAGAGAGAAAUCCGAACUCUCGGAUUUCAUCACCAUUUCUGCUGCACUGUACCCUGCUGAAACGGCCAAGCGCAGAACAAUGAUGAUACGCCGCGCGAAGAAGAGAGUUCGGUGGAGUCAAGAUGCAGACUUGCAAGACCUGGACUUUGAGAGGUUUGAGCGGGACUCCGACGGCGAAGAUGGGAAGAAGAAUGGCAGCGAAGAUGAUGAGGACGACGAAGAAGAAGAUGGAGAAGAGAAUGCUGAAGAAGACGAGGACUCCUUUGACGAGGAUGAUGACUACAUGAAGAAUGAGGAUUUUGAUGAUGAUGAAGACGACUUCAACAUGGACGAUGAUGCCAAUGAUGAUGAGGGCACCUAUGAUUGAUUUGAUUCGUUUGUGAUAUUUUUGUCUGUUUAUUUGCAAUUAUCGCUAGCAUUUAUAAUGGUAUAAAGUAACUUUGAAAGUGUUAAAACUAAACAUUAUUGUUGGAU